AUGAACCACCAGGGACGACAAACUACUGCCAUGAACCAUCAGGGACGACAAACUACCACCAUGAACCAUCAGGGACGACAAACUACCGCUAUUAACCAUCAGAGACGACAAACUACCACCAUGAACCAUCAGGGACGACAAACUACCGCCAUGAACCAUCAGGGACGACAAACUACCACCAUGAACCAUCAGGGACGACAAACUACCGCCAUGAACCAUCAGGGACGACAAACUACCGCCAUGAACCAUCAGGGACGACAAACUACCUCCACCAUACCCAAGGCUGCUAUACCCAAGGCACCAAUACCCAAGGCAGCAAUACCCAAGGCACCAAUACCCAAGGCAACAAUACCCAAGGCACCAAUACCCAAAGCACCAAUACCCAAGGCACCAAUACCCAAGGCACCAAUACCCAAGGCACCAAUACCCAAGGCACCAAUACCCAAGGCACCAAUACCCAAGGCACCAAUACCCAAGGCAGCAGUACCCAAGGCACCAAUACCCAAGGCAGCAAUACCCAAGGCAGCAAUACCCAAGGCAGCAGUACCCAAGGCACCAAUACCCAAGGCACCAAUACCCAAGGCAGCAGUACCCAAGGCACCAAUACCCAAGGCACCAAUACCCAAGGCAGCAGUACCCAAGGCACCAAUACCCAAGGCACCAAUACCCAAGGCACCAAUACCCAAGGCAGCAGUACCCAAGACACCAAUACCCAAGGCACCAAUACCCAAGGCACCAAUACCCAAGGCACCAAUACCCAAGGCACCAAUACCCAAGGCAGCAAUACCCAAGGCAGCAGUACCCAAGGCACUAAUACCCAAGGCAGCAAUACCCAAGGCACCAAUACCCAAGACACCAAUACCCAAGGCACCAAUACCCAAAUCAGCAAUACCCAAGGCACCAAUACCCAAGGCACCAAUACCCAAGGCAGCAGUACCCAAGGCACCAAUACCCAAGGCACCAAUACCCAAGGCAGCAGUACCCAAGGCACCAAUACCCAAGGCACCAAUACCCAAGGCAGCAAUACCCAAGGCAGCAGUACCCAAGGCACCAAUACCCAAGGCAGCAAUAGCCAAGGCACCAAUACCCAAGGCACCAAUACCCAAGGCACCAAUACCCAAAUCAGCAAUACCCAAGGCACCAAUACCCAAGGCACCAAUACCCAAGGCAGCAGUACCCAAGGCAGCAAUAGCCAAGGCACCAAUACCCAAGGCAGCAAUAGCCAAGGCAGCAGUACCCAAGGCAGCAAUAGCCAAGGCACCAAUACCACUCAACAGUCAUUGUCGGUUCCCACACCGGGAGGCACUCGACGCCCCCAAGCCAGGAGGCACUCGACGAGCCCAAGCCAGGAGGCACUCGACGCCCCCAAGCCAGGAGGCACGCGACGAGCCCAAGCCGGGAGGCACUCGACGCCCCCAAGCCAGGAGGCACUCGACGAGCCCAAGCCGGGAGGCACUCGACGCCCCCAAGCCAGGAGGCACUCGACGAGCCCAAGCCGGGAGGCACUCGACGCCCCCAAGCCAGGAGGCACUCGACGCUCCCAAGCCAGGAGGCACUCGACGAACCCAAGCCGGGAGGCACUCGACGCCCCCAAGCCAGGAGGCACUCGUCGCUCCCAAGCCAGGAGGCACUGGACGCUCCCAAGCCAGGAGGCACUCGACGCCUCCAAGCCAGGAUGCACUCGACGCCUCCCAAGUCAGGAGGCACUCGACGACCCCAAGCCAGGAGGCACUCGACACCUCCAAGCCAGGAGGCACUCGACGCCUCCCAAGCCAGGACACACUUGACGCCCCCAAGGCAGGAAGCACAAGUCGCCCCCAAGCCAGGAGGCACUCGACGCUCCCAAGCCAGGAGGCACUCGACGCCCUCAAGCCAGGAGGCACUCGACGCCUCCCAAGCCAGGAGGCACUCGACGCCUCCCAAGCCAGGAGGCACUCGACGCCUCCCAAGCCAGGAGGCACUCGACGCCUCCCAAGCCAGGAGGCACUCGACGCCUCCCAAGCCAGGUCGCACUCGACGCCUCCCAUGCCAGGAGGCACUCGACGCCUCCCAAGCCAGGAGGCAGAGGCACUCGUGUCACAUAGUCCACGUGUCAGCCAUUGGCUAAGCCAUCUGUGCUCGUGUGGUGGUGGUUUAGCCAUCUGUAAGUCUGCUGACAAAGGGCUCCAGGCUGCUCUAAACGGACGUGUUUCAUAG